CAUCGAUGCAUCAAUUCUUUACUCUUUCAGUAUUCUUGACCCUUGUCGCGUUUACUUUGUCCUUUCCAUCAUCUAAUUUUAGACGUGACAUCGACUUUACUCGAUGCGAAGGCACAUUUCCAAAUGAAAUUACAGCUGCCGAUUACAACCCUAACCCAGCGAUCCCUGGAACAAACAUGUCAGUUACUAUCUCAGGAAAAAAUACGGUAACAGUUCAAGAAGGGGCUACGUUAAACGUCACAGGACUUUACCAAGGAGCACAUGCUUUUGAGCAUGUCAUGGAUUUUUGUAAAGUAUGGGUUGAAGUAAACGGUGAUAAAUGUCCUGUUGCACCCGGGGAUUAUAAGUAUAUUGCCUCUCUACCUAUUGAAUCACAUCCAAAUGAUCCAAAGAAUACUACUAUUGAUCAAGAUCCAAGCAUAAUUGAAAAACAUCAAGAGGAUUUAAAUAAUGAUGCCAAAAUUCGUGAAUUUUGGAUUAAAAAUGUUUGUGAUCAAGAUAAACAAUCAAAAUUUAAAACUAAAGAAAUUUAUGACUUCAUUAUCGUGGGUGCUGGUACCGCUGGAUGUGUGCUUGCUAGAGAACUGAUUCAUGGUAUUCCAAAUAUUAACAUCCUAGUAUUGGAAGCCGGAGGUCCUGAUGUUUCUUCUAACGGUUUAAUUAACUUGCCAUGUGCUUCCUUUAAGAUCUUCCAAGUAAACGAUCAUGAUUGGGGAUAUAUUACUCAAGAACAAAGAAUGCCAAGUUCUGUAGAUCCUACUAAACAAUUGGUAAAGAAAAGUUUCCCUUAUGCACGAGGAAAGGUUUGGGGAGGAAGUAGCUCUUUGAAUUCAAUGGUUUACAUGCGAGGUCAAGCAAAAGGGUAUAAUGAUUGGGCUGCCCAAGGUCCUGAAUACAAAAUUUGGGAUUGGGAUCAUUGUCUAGAAGCAACAGAAAACAAUUCACGAGAGAAACCAGAUGAAACGUUCAAAAAAUUUCAUGGAUUUAAUGGUUUACUUCAUGUACAAGAUAGCCAAAGCGGGAUUUACGAUAUUUUGUCAGGUUUGAUUGAUGCUGCAAAAAAUCUUGGCAUUCCUUAUAACGAUGAUUUUAAUGGAAAGAGACAAAAUGGUGUUGGAGCAUUCCAGUUCACAAUCAAAGACGGGAAAAGAUGCUCUUUAGCCGAUGGUUAUCUAAGAGAUGCAUUAAAGAAAGUCGAGUUACAUCCAGAUUCCAAAUAUAAUAGUUUUGGAAAGAUUGUAGCAGUAGAUGUUAGGUCAUUUGCUCACGUAUUAGAUAUUAUUUGGGACGAAGAAAGUAAAGAAGAAAAUGUUGCAAUCGGUGUAAGAUAUUUUUGUAACGGUGUUAUACGUGAGGCUUUUAUUGCUCCAAAAGGAGAAGUUAUUUUAUGCGGUGGUGCUAUUAAUAGCCCUCAGAUCUUAAUGCUUUCCGGUAUUGGACCAAAAGAAAAUCUUAAAGCAAAUAAUAUAAAAGUUCGUAAAGAACUACCAGUUGGAAGGAAUUUAUUGGAUCAUCCGUGUUGUUGCAUUGUUGCUGAAUCGACUCAAGAUGCAAUGCACCAUUGGAGUAGUGCAAUUGAAGUUGGAAUAUUUCAUAAAGCCAAUGUUAAAGGGAAUAUUCCUUGCAAAGAAGACUUUUUUGAUGAGAACCCUGAUAUUGAAAUUACUGUGGCUUCGUGCCAAGAUGGUUUUAUUGAUCCCGCAAUAGAACUUUUUAACAAACAUAAUAAAAAUAAGUUCAACGGAAUUGCUCUACUACCUGUUCUUAACAUACCAUCAAGUGUUGGUUAUCUAGAACUUAAUAGCAGUAAUCCAUUUGAUCAACCAAAGAUAAAUUUAAAUUAUUUUGAAAAAUCCGAUGAUUUAUAUAGAAUGAUCAGUUCACUUAAACUAUGUCGUGAAAUACUUAAACAACCUCCAUUGAGCACUGUUUAUAAUGUUAAGGAAAUUGGGAUUAAUGAUGAGUUUGGACAAUGGUGCACUAAUGGAGAUAUGAGUGAUGAAGAUUGGGAAAGGUUUAUUUUGAAUAAGUCGAUGUCGUUCCAUUCGUGUGGAACUGUAAAAAUGGCACCAGAAACUAAAGAUGGAGUAGUUGAUCAUCGACUUCGAGUCUAUGGUACGAAAAAUCUUCGAGUUGUUGAUGCAUCAAUUUUUCCAUAUAUUCCAAGCGGAAACACGAACGCCCCUACAGCUAUGGUUGCUUGGAGAGCGAGUCGAUUAAUUAUUGAAGAUUAUAGGCUAUCAUAA